AUGCAUAGGGCAAUACCUGUUAGCAACAAGAUCCUAUCCAAAAAAUGGGAUGAGCAUACCAACAAGGUCCACCAUGAUAAACUAAAAAAUAUAAGGUCUCAAGUGGAUUCUAGCUGUCCAGUUACUUUCGGCCAACUAAAAAGAAAACCGAAAAAGGAACAGUUAGUUGAGGAUCGGUAUACAGAAAUUGAAAGAGAAAAUAGAAUUUUGCUUGAAAAAAUGUCCCAGAUCAUGCAAGGGAAAGGAAGCAGAAGUGAAAGCAGAAAUAAAAAAAGUUUGAACCAAGAAAAAAGGAGAAGAGAUUUGGUGCAAAUUACCAUUGAAAAUCAUGCAAUGCUGAAAAGACUGCAAGAUAAGCAGCCUUCUUAUAAUGUCCAUAGGUGGGAAGAAGAAAGAAAGCAAGUAGAAAAAAGACUGCUAAAUAUUUGUGAAUAUCCAUACAGAUUGGGAAUUUUUUUUUAAUUUUUAUUAAAAAUGAUAUAAAUUAAUUAUUUAUUAUAAAUAAAAACAUAUUGGAGCCACUGAAGAUUUAAGAGGGAUUAGAAAAUUUUCUCAAGAUGGCAGAGGUUCUAAUAUUUCAACAGGAAGCAGACCUGUCAUAAGUGCUAAUUCCAGAAAAGGCCCAAGAAAGCUUUCUCCACUAAACAAAAAAAACCAAAAAACAGUUGUUUACAAAAAAGGAAUCAAUAUUGGGCCUCGAUACUUUUUAGUAGAAAUGCAGGUUGGAAGAGGCUCAAUAUGGAUUUUCGCUCAUGAUGUCGAAAAUCCUGAAACUUUCAGCUUAGAGCUACCAUACAAUGAAGCAUUAGAAUUGAUGGAUGGCAAAGAAAAUUGGAAUAUUUUAGCAGCGUCUUUAAGUCUCGAACAGGGAGAAUUAGUAUUAAUUGAUACAAGAGAUAUUGAAGUUCACAGCGGAAGCCAAUAUUUAUUCAGAGAACUAAGUGGCCAAAAAUCAUUGCAUGAGCUCGGAAAUACAGCUCAAGUAAAGCCAAGCAGAACUGAAGAAGAAUUGCCAAAAGAGCAGUCUUCAAGGUCAUCUAACCCUUUUGAUAAUUCUAAGUCACGAUCUUCAAGAUCUAUAAUAAAAGACAGUCUUACUGAGGAGUCAAAAUCCAAUAAAAAAAUAUCAAAAGCUGGCCAAGAAUUUGAUGGGUAUAACUCCUAUUCAUCAGAAGAACAAAAUUUUAAAGAUGAAAAUCAGUUUAGGACUGAAAAAAGUGAAAACCAAGAAAAAUCGUCAAAAACUGGCUCAAAAAUAAAAUUUUCAAGAAAAAACUCAUCAAGUGAUGAAGGUUCACCUGAAGUCGAAGACAAAGAAAUAAACACUUCAAGAGGCCCAUAUAUAUCAGCUGGAGAGCGGUCUAUUAUAAGAGAAAACAGCAAAGGGCGAAGAUUUAAUUCAGAAAUGAGAUAUGACCCAGGAUGGGACCCUACAUUUGACGAAAGCAAAGACAUGCUUAACAGCCACAUUCAGCAAGAAUCAUUGACGUCUAGAGAAGAGGAAAAUUCUUCAAUACAAAAAUCUUAUAAUGAAGGAAAUGAGAGUGAAGAAGAAAGUGAGGGUGAAGAAGAAAAUGGCAGUGAAGUAGAAGAAAGUGGGGAAAUAAUGGACGAAAAUGAACAAGAAGAAAGUGGGUUUGUAGAGGAAAAUAAAUUUAAAGAAAGCAGCAGAAUAUCAGAAAGUGCAAAAUCAUUGAAAAGUAAAACUGAAAAAAAUGCUUAUUAUGAUGAGAUUGAUAAGAGCCCUGAUAAAGGAAGUGAUGUGUCUGAGGAGAACGAAGCGGAAUUAUCAAAAAAGCUAGACGAAUUGAAAAGCUACUCUUCUAAUAGAAGUUCUAAUUACUUGAAUAAACAAAGUGAUACACCAUUUAAAGAAAAUUCUGAGCAAGAAGAAAUUGCUAUUGAGCAGCGAUCUAUUCAGAAUAAAUCGUCUUCAAGCAUUCAUUCUCCGCAAGUUAAUAAAGAAUCGAUUUUGAAAGAUCAAGAGCAGCCAAGCUAUGAAAAGCAGACACCUAAAGACCAAAGUGUUGCAGAGCUAGGUCCAACUCAGCCAGAACACUAUUAUGAAUCAGAGUUAUCUUCAAUUCCACAGCCAUCUAACUUUCCUGAACCCAAGAUAAAAUUUACUAUAUUAACUAUUUUAUCAAAAAUUUGACUUAAAUAAUUUAUAUAUUUGUGAAAGAGGAUAGUAAUGAAACAGGGUUUAUGGAAGAAGAAAAAUCAAAUCAACAGGUGAUCAGUGCUGAAGGCUAUAUGGGAGAAAAUGAAAACAGCAAUGAAGAGGACUCAAAUGUAUCAAAUAGCUCACAGCAUGAAAUCCAAGUCAAAGAGCCUACUAAUUUUAGCAUGAAUCAUGAAAUAAUGUCAGAAAGCUCAAAGGAAACAAACCAAAAAUCUCCAGAUCAGAACUUAAUCCCAUUUAACGAGCAUGAUGUGAUACAACACAAGAGCCACUUUGAAGAUAUAAGCUCUAUUCAGCAUGAAAUGAACCAUGAAAGCAGCUCAAACCAAAUAAUCAGCGGAGAGAUAUAUGUGAAUGAAGCUGAAAAAGUUCCAGAAAAUCACCAUAGCCAAAUUAUGGACUCUCAAAAUGAAAUUAAUUUUGAGUCUUUAAAAGUGAAUGAGCUUCAAAUGGAAAAUGAAGCUGCAGAAGAAUUAAAAGAAAAUGAACUCCAAGUAGAAAACGAAGCUGCAGAAGUCUUAAAAGAAAAUGAACUCCAAGUAGAAAAUGAAGAAUCCUUCAAAGAAAAUGAACUUGAAAUAGAAAAUGAAGCCCAGCAGUUCUUAAAGGAAAGUGAGCAUCAAGAUAGCUUGAAAACAGAAAAUGAGCAUCAUGAAAGCUUGCAAGUGGAAAAUGAAGAAAUAGCAGAACCUUCAAUUGAACAUCAGGAGAAUUCGCUAAAAGAACCUGAAGAAUUAGCAGGGCAUCAGGAGAAUUUGCAAAUUGAAAAUGAAGAAUCAGCAGAGCUAUCAAUGGAGCAUCAGAAGAAUUCGCAAAUUGAAAAGGAAGAAUUAGCAGAGCUAUCAAUGGUUCAUCAGGAGAAUUUGCAAAUUGAAAAUGGAGAGCUAGCAGAAUCUUCAAUGAAAGGCCAGGAAAGUUUUCAAAUGGAAAAUGAAAGAUUAGCAGAGCCUUCAAUGGAGCAUCAAGAGAAUUUGCAGAUUGAAAACGAAGUUGAAUUUGAGCCUCUGCAAGAAAAACCCAAUCAGGAAAGUUUCCAAAUGGAAAACGAAGUAUACGAGGAGUCUUCAAAACAAAUUAACCAUUUCUAUUCUCCAAAACUAGAAAAGCCAGAAGAGCAGCACAGCCAAAAUGGAAAAAUGACCCAACAAGAGCUUGAGCCUUCCCUACAAAAUAUUUCUCAAAAUGAAGCCAAUUUAAUCAACUUACUCGGCGAGCCUAAACCUCACCAAGAGCUAAAUUCAAGCUUGCUUAAUGAAUCUUUUGAGCGCUCUGAAGCCACCCCUAUCCUCAAAAAUCCUGAAACAAAUGAAUCAGACUUCGAGAUCAAUGCCGAAGUCAAUAUGAUUGCAGAGCACAAAAAGAAAUCCGGCUACGUCGACUCUGUGCUGCCUCCUGAGCAUCCAAGCCAUUUAUUAAGUGCCAACACCAUUCUCGGAUCCCCUAUAAAUAGAGAAGUCGGCAUUUCUACUCAACUAAUGAUGGCUUCAGACUACGAAAACCUCGAAAACAUCGCAGAAGAGCCUGAAAACUUAUUAGUAGGCCAAAGCCUGCACCCUGAAAACUUUGAAAUUUCAAAUGAAGCAAUUGCUGAUAAAUCCCAUGAGGAAGAUAAAUUAACCUAA